GUUGCUACAAAAGUAUGGAUCAUGUCCUCUGCUUUCUCCAUGAAACUGCAAACUUGCUGCCGCCAUGACAAGCAGUAUUGAGGCAGACGAGAGCCAUUACUUCACCAACAACCCUCCACCAAAGGACCUUAAGGGAAACGUUACUCUUGCUCGUGAGUUCAUCGGUCGCCAUGCAGACGAGGGACGCCGCGUUGUGCUAGUAACCUCGGGGGGUACCACAGUGCCCCUAGAGGCCCAGACAGUACGAUACAUCGACAACUUCUCUGCCGGAACCCGUGGCGCCACCAGUGCCGAGUACUUUCUCGAAAAUGGAUACGCCGUCAUCUUCCUCCACCGCCAAUUCUCGCUCCUGCCUUACUCACGACACUAUUCGCACAACACACGGUCGUUCUUGGACUUCAUGAAAGAAGAGAAUGGACGCGUCACCGUGGACGAGCAGCAUCAAGAAGAGAUGCUCCGAGUGCUCCGGCAGUACAUGGAGGUGAAAAGAGAGGGCAGGCUGUUAAUCUUAUCCUUUGUGACCAUUACCGAGUAUCUAUGGGACUUGCGAGAAGUGGCAAAGUUGAUGCAGCCCUUAGGGCCCAGGGCCAUGUUCUACCUUGCCGCAGCCGUCUCUGAUUUCUUUGUUCCCCACGACCGCAUGGUUGAGCACAAGAUCCAGUCGUCCGAGGAGUUCAGCCAAGGCGCAGACGGCCCGAACGGGGCCAGCAACGGGAAGCCGCCCGCAGCCCGGACCGAAGGCCGAAGCUUGAUCAUUGACCUCGAGCCGGUGCCGAAAUUCCUUAAAGCACUCGUGGAUGGGUGGGCGCCCGAGGGCAUCAUCGUUAGUUUUAAACUUGAGACCGACCCAUCCAUGUUGGUAAAGAAGGCACAAUACUCGAUGAACAAAUAUGGACACCACCUGGUCAUUGGGAACCUACUUUUGACUCGGAAAUGGGAAGUUGUCUUCGUCUCCACUGCUGGUGAGAAGUGGAUUCGGGUGCCCCGUAACCGGAGGACGAAAAGUUUCUCUGGGGUGGAAUCUCUUGUCGGUGCCGCGGAUCUCCUAGCAAAGAAGGAGGUGAGCGAUCACUCAGUCAGCACAAAAUACGCAAUUCCACAUGGUGAACCUGCCGUCGAGAUCGAAUCUAUCAUCAUCCCCGAAGUUGCAGAAAUGCACACUAAACUGAUAGAAGGCGCGCGACAGCGGACAAUAUAAUCCGGGCCAUGAUGGUAUGGGUGCCACCAGGCUGGCAAGACAUGUCGUGUCUGUUAUUACUUUUGUACAUACUUGGCUGGCCCUUUUGGUCCAGCGCAUUGGGUCAAUAGA